AUGCAAUUCAAGACCAUUGUCGCCGCUCUAGCUACUGUCGCUGCUGUUCAAGCCGCUAACGUUUCUAACGUUACUAACGGUACUAACACUACCAACGGUACUCAAACUACCAAGAUCUCUACUGGUGCUGCUAACGCUAACACUUUGAACGCUGGUAUCUUUGGUGCUGCCGUCGCUGCUGGUGUCGCUUUCCUAUUCUAA